GGAGUUGAACAUAAAUCUUCAAGCAUAAAACAUCCUAACUGUGGGCGUGUAACUUCGAAUUCUUGUUAAGGAUAAAUAAAUUCAGUGUGUAUCGAAAUAAAGUUUUUUUUUUAAACUACAAAACUGCUCAUCGCUUAACUGAAUACAACAAUGAGCUAUCAAAUUUACUUUCGCUUGCUCGGCUAUGUGUUAUCAAUAGCAAUGCACAUCAGUAAUCUUCUUUACAUACAGUACGCCAUAUUAUCAGCUAAUGUCAGCGAAGGGUCCAUGGAGAAUUUCGGAACAGGCACCUUCAAAAAUAUGGAGUAUCGAUAUUUUACUACUUGGACCGCGGGUCUACAGAUAGGAUAUGCGGCGCUAGGUACACUCUGCGAUCUUCUGGUGCUGCUAAAUAGACACAAAGAGAACUACAGAUUACCUAAAUAUUUGGGUUCGUCGCGGGAAAUUAUAUUCGCUGGUCUGGUCUGGCCGUCUAGUUGGGUAGUCUUCACUGUAUUUUGGACUUUAUUACACUACGACAGAAGCCUGAUAUUCCCAGCUUACUUGGACAAGAUCAUAACGCGUCUAUCUAACCACGUCAUACAUACAAUGAUCGUUCCGGUCGUGGUCUGGGAGGUGAUGUUUUGGCCCAGGAAACCGAAAAGUCACUACAGGAACAUCGCGCAACUGGCGAUACACAUGUUGGCGUACAUCUUCGUGUUACAUUUCACUUAUCACGAGCACGGCGUCUGGCUGUACCCGAUCUUCAAAGCAGUUCAAGGAACGAUACAUUUCUAUCUGCUCCACUUUUAUGUCGCAGCUAUGUGCUUGAUGUUCUACAGGCUUCAGUGGUGGUUGAACUCUGUGAUCCACGGCGUCGAAGACGUUGAGAAGAUUCGCUUCAUAGAUUCAGCUGUAGGAAGAUUCAGCUAUAGGAAGUGGUUUACUUGGGCAAUGUUACACGAGAGAUCACAAAGCCGCAUAUAAUAAUCCCCGAUUUUCUGAUAGGCGUAUUUGUGUUAAUAAUUUAUUAUGUUUAGUUACUAUAUAGGGUUUGGUCCGCACCCUUGUCUUUUCCAUUGCUCUAUAAAGUGCAGAGAGGUGGACAUUCAAAGAUAGGCAGAGAAUCGACGCUUUUGAGAUGUGGUGUUGGCGACGUAUGCCACGAAUACUACGGACGGCCCGCCGCACCAACAUCUCUAUUCUCAAGCAGUUAAAAAUAGAAAAGACUCAACGUCUAUCUACAACCUGCCUACAAAGAAUAUUGCGGUAUUUCGGUCAUGUUGCACGUAGGGAUACCACCAAUGUGGAACGCCUUGUGGUGAACGGUAAAAUCGAGGGAAGGUCUAGGUGUGGAGGUCCCAAACAAUGGUCAGACCAAAUAGCGGAGGAAUUAAAAAUACCUGUCAGCGAUGCACUCCACCAAGCUACAGAACGGGAUCGAUGGAGACAGCUAGUUGACGGAAUCAAACAGAGUUACGAUUCUCAUCAAUGAGGGACCGAUUGCAGAGAGAGAGAGAGAGAGAGAGAAUUACAGCAGCAAGCAAAAUAAUGCAAACGAAAACUUGUAUAUAAUUUGGUUAUGUGUACGCAAUGUACGCAAAACAAAAGGCGUGCGAGGUCAAGUGACUUCGCGAUACAUUGCCUGUUACAAUGUGCCCACAUUAAAAGAAAAGCUCGGCUCGGCGAACGUUUUCUGCUAAGUUCAAAAGCAGUAAUGUUGUCUGCUUUGUUAAUUUAUAAAUCUUUUUUGCAAUCAUUACAUUUGAUCAUUAUUAUAUAUUCUCUGCUGUCUUAAUCUUUCCUAUAUCUUUAAACGAGCAAUUCUUGUAUAUAUAUAAUCUGAAUCUCGAAAACGGCUCCAACAAUUUUCAUAAAAUUUAGUAUACAGGGGCAAUAAAUCGAACUAGCUACGAUUUAUUUUCAGAAAA